AUGGGGUGUUACAUUUGGAAGGCACCUGAGCAAGAUAUCACUAAGGUGAACAUUGAUGGCUCAUUCCGGAGCAAGACUGGAAAAGCUGGAAUUGGAGUGAUUUUUAGAAACCAUUUUGGUGAGGUGAGGAAUUUAUAUGCUGACGAGGUAAAGGCUUCAUCUGCAUUUAUGGCUGAGGCUCUUGCUGCUAGGAAGGCUUUAGACAUGAUAAAGCUGAGUGGUAGUGGUAAAUUUCUAAUUGAGACUGAUUGUGAAGCUCUUUUCAAGGCUGUGAAGUGUAAUUCUAGUGAUGGUUGUGAAUGGCAGUCUCAAAUUGUAGUGGAGGACAUUGUGAUGAGUCUGAGAUCUGCAUCAGAUGUGUCUUUUGGUCUAGUUUAUAGAUCAAGUAACAAGGCUGCAGAUUGGCUGGCAGCUUCGAGCUCAAAGGGGGUGUGUUUUGAGGGUUGUCCUGAUCAACCUCCACCCUCUCUUGCCAAGCUUUUGUCUGAUGAUAGGUCUCGGUGUGUUGCUGAUGUUGGUGCUGGUUUUUGUCAAGCGAGGACUGGUGUGGGUUAA